UUGAGCUUCAUCGUUGUUAUCACAUUUGUUCCUCGACGGCAAGAUCACCGCUACAAGAAAUUUCUCGAGUCGUGGGCUAUGAUGCCGAUUGUUGCGCAAACGAUCUCCCCUGCCGAGCCAAGAUUACUUCGCCCGUAUUCCAAUGCCAACUUUCGAGACAUCCUGGGCCGUACGACUUAUUCUUGCGUUCAAGGACCAUGUUCAAUAUUGCUGCGAUGGUGGUUCAGUGUGCCGUACUUUGCCUCCAACAUGGCAGUGGAGUACCUGUAUGAACACCCAAGGUAUGUCGGAAAGGACAAGUUACCAGAAAAUAGGUACAAUCCUCUCGACUUGGCCGAGUGGAAGACAUCUGCACGGCGAUUACGAUCUACAAGUCCGCCAUUCCGCUUCGGUGACAGGGUUGACCGCGAGACCUCCAGGCUGGGAGCGAGACCGAAACAUCACCCAGACCACUGGCGACAUGGCCAACAGUUUUCGAUCUCUACCGAUUGCGAUGAUCGCCACCCGACUGCAAAUGCAAAAAAGAGCAACCCUGCCGUUUGGUCGCCGGACUUCCGCCAACGGCAGACAUGGGAUGGACGAGUCCAAGUCGGUUGCGCCUCAAUAACUAUAAAGGCCAUUGCGCCCGACAUCGUCCACCACCACCUCGUUCUUGACGACUUACCUACACUCAUCGCCUCCGCCGUCGAGAGUUCUCUUGCCCCUCCAGCUCUCUGCUUCAGACGAACAUGUCCCAACCACCGCCCCAGCCAUCGCGCAGGCCGGCGAGUCACUUGUCACAUGCAGAAACCCUUACCUAUCAUCAACCCGCUGCCAUAGGCUGUUGGAGGUCAGCUGAGAUCUUUCCAAAGUCUCCCAAACAUGGCUCGCAAUAUGUCCGCAGUAGCCCAGCGACCACGGAUGCUCAGUCCGCCAUCCCACAUCUGCAGCAGUCGCCUCCGUCAUCUGGAACGAUCGACAUCGACAGCUUGCUGGCCCAGUUGCAAGACCCAGCAACAGAGCCGUCUUCAAGCCCUCUCGAGAACCUCACGCUGUCUGGCACACAGCCAAGUUCGCUCUCGUAAGCACAGCCGCAAGCGGUGGAACAACGCACUCAUGGGAAAUAGGGCCAGCAUCACAGAACGAGCAGAGCUGCUGAAAAAAGCUCUUUCCAGACUCGAAAAGGCCCACCAGUCCCAAAAAGCCCAGAAUGACUAC